GCCAGAAAAAAAAGUUGGUUGUGUUUUUUUUUUUCCUCGAGGAGCAAGGGUAGCAGCUUCUCUCUCUCAUGAUGGGGUGAACAGGCUUACUAGUAUCAGAGCAAGGCUUGUGGAAGGAGACCUGAAGGGGAAUUUCCCCCAAGGUUAACUCCUCCACUGGGUCCCCACCUGAGGAUCUGCUCCACUGAACAUCCUCUGACUUGUUCCAAAGAUCUAGUCCAUAAAGCAGCCUGUUUCAUUCCGAGUUAGGCAAAUUUCCUUAACAGUAACCUUUUAAAACAAAUAAACUUCCUUAAUAAUAAUAGUCUUUAUGCGUUUGAUAGCCUGGUAGAGAAACAGCUGAGGGGUAGAUAUGGUAGAUAAACUUGUGACCAGAGUGGAGGCGGUGAACAGGAAAGAGCUGCUUGUUCUCUUUUAGACCAAGAACUGCAACAGUCAAGUGAUGCUGGAAUGCAAAAGAUUGAAAACAAUAAAGGUGAAGUGGUUUUUUUACACAAUAUUUGGGUCAGCCACAGAGUGGUUUGUGUCCCCCCCAGUCUGCUGGAUGUCAGAAAACUUAUGUGGGUUCAAAAGCAACUGGAUGGAAGAAAUCAAAAUUUCAUGUGAAAUAGAAAGUUUUAACCCCUGGCUUUGGAAACUGCUGAGCUGUAAGGGAGCGGAAACCAAAAGAGCGUGUAGAGAAGAUGUUGGAGAGUACUUGUUCCGCUUCUGCUCUUUCUCUUCUUUCCAAGCAUCUGUUUUUGAGUACUCUGAGACGACAUCCUGGGCUGAAUAGGCCCUAUGGAUGUGAUGUGAUGUGAUGUGAUGUGCCUGUUCUUCCAGGCAUAUAGCUUUUCUGAAGCUGGUCAUGGAAAGGGAAGUGAAAUGCUACUGUAUGUGUGCUCGUGUGGUUUUUGGUCUUAUAUAUCUGAUACUGAUGAGCCUUGGUCGUCCAGUUCCUGUGUAUUUUCCUGUAUGCUGCCUAGCUGUAAAGGCAUUUAAAGAUCACUAACAACCCUGGCUAAUGCUUUUUGACACGAUUCGUAUACAUGAGCAAUUCUUAAGGACCACAACCUUUUUGAAAGCAGUAAUGGUGUUGAGGGAUACAUUCAGGUUUGAAUGACUUGUGUUGGUACAACCCUUGUGCUGGGAUUACAACUGGAAAGGCAGGAAAGGGGACCAAGACACUGAAAACCGCUUGUGUACUGGUUUCUGUGGAUUUUGUGGAUGGUAACCUAUACAGCGCAUGCUAUUUUCUGGCCUAAUUAUGUGCAAAGUAUUCUAGUCAGUUGACAGGCUGUCUGUGAUCAUCUUAAAAAUGCCUCGGUGGCUGAGACGAGAUCUGUGAAAUUCUUCAGAAGUGGCCCAGGUAAGCUGGGAAGAAUUAACCAAAGGUGAAGUUUAAAAGCACAAAGGGUCAAAGCUGUGUGGUAUCAUUAGGUAUAAAGAAACCAGUGAGUGCUGAUGUAUAGGAAAGUGUUGAAACAUUGGUUGAAAACGAACAGGUUAAGUCCAGAGAUUGUUGAUCACAUGGAUCUUGUCAGCCUGGCAGCCAGUCAGCUUGGCCAAAUGUGGCUGAGGGCCUCAGCGGGUGCCCAUGACGUACAGUGUGAUUUCCAGAAGCUUUAUGUCUACUAACAGAGCAGAAACAGAGUUUUUUCAAGACGUCAGCAGAAAGAUUUCAGGAAAAGGCGAUGCAGGGGUUUUGGAAAUGUGUUGGCUGUCGGUCCGAGCUAGGAGCGGAGCACCGGCGCAGUGCUGGUGUACCUGCUUGGCUGUCAGUCUUGCUGGUUUCUGUGUACCUGUGUGACAAAGUGACUUCAGGUGGGAGGUGGGUAAGGAGAGUGGGCUGUCGUGAUAUGUGCUGAGGAAACGCGCUUGGUCUCACUAACAUGAUGCUUAAGAAGACGCCAACAGGAGCUUAUGGCGUUUGCGUGGCUGUUACAGCUACAGAAAGGCGUUAGGUGAAUCCAGCUUGUGAAGUCUCCCAGGAAAUAUCGAUAAAAGAACUUAGAGGUGCAGCAGAUGAGUCACAAAAAGCUCAUUUCUGCAACAUAAACUGCAGGGCACCGCAUCCAGCCAGGGAGAUAAGUUUUGCAUAACUCCAUCAACAAGUCAAGCCUCAUCAGACCUCUCACUGAAACAACCUGAAAAUGAAGGCGGCUUCACCAAGAUUUGCAGCAUGACCAAGUGUGACACGCAGGUCCCUCUGCUUUGAGUACAAGAGCAGCAACUGUGAAGAAAGAGGAGUUCUCUAAUCACAUCACGCCCAGACAGACGCAUCAUUAAGCAUAUGACAGGCAAUAAUGUCGUCCCUGCUACUUCUGUACAUCCGACUUCAUACGCGCUUGAAACACCAAUAAAGCUGAAAGCUGCGGGCACCAUCAGGAUGGAGCAGACACCAGGACUUUGUUCAGCCACCAAGCUGGCUCUGCCCAUGUCAGUCUUCUGGGACACAUCCUAAAGAGCUCUGCAAGGGGAAGACAUAACAGCGAAGCCCAGGAGAAUGAAGAGACGCAAGUGCCCCUACAAAUGUCCUGCACGAAGGAAGAUCCUGAUACUGUGUGUUACAGGGUGGCUGAUUGCACUGCUGAAGCUCCUCCAUGUCGAAAGACACUUUUUUCCCUCCAAGGGCAUUUAUUUGGUUGAGCACUUCUUGAGCACUUCUUCUUAUGUUAGAAACAGGUAUUCCUACCUUAGAAAUGAGUUCCAGUAUGAAAUUAAUUGUUCGUCUGUAUAUGAACAAGAUCCCCAUGAAAUUGGCAAGAGCUUAGAGAUAAGAAGAAAAGAGAUAAUUGAUUUGGCUGAUGAAGAUGUCGUAGCAAUGACGAGUGAUUGCCAAGCAUAUCGUUCACUUAGGAAAUACCACCUAAACCCUGUUUCUCCAGAGGAGGAGAGCUUUCCAAUUGCCUAUUCUUUGGUUGUUCACAAAGAUGCGAUAAUGGUAGAAAGGCUCAUAGGUUCACUGUACAGUCAUCAAAAUAUUUACUGCAUCCAUUAUGACCAGAAAUCAGCAAAAAGCUUCAAAUCUGCGAUGAACAGUCUAGCUAAAUGUUUCCCCAAUAUUUUCAUUGCAUCAAAAUUGGAGACAGUGGACUAUGCACACAUUUCACGGCUACAAGCAGAUUUCAAUUGUUUGUCUGAUUUGAUGGACUCUUCAGUUCCCUGGAAGUAUGUUAUUAAUUUGUGUGGCCAAGAUUUCCCUUUGAGAUCAAAUUUUGAGUUGGUUGCUGAACUGAAGAAACUCAGUGGAGGAAACAUGCUGGAAACUAUAAAGCCAAGCAGUAGCAAAAGAGAACGAUUUACUUAUCACUAUGAACUUAUGAAAGUGCCUUAUGAAUACACGCAGAUGCCUGUAAAAACCAACAUUUCCAAGAAUCCGCCACCUCAUAAUAUUGAGAUAUUUGUAGGCAGUGCCUAUUUUGUUUUAAGCCGAGCAUUUAUUCAAUAUACUCUUGAAAGCUCUCUUGCAAAAGAUUUUUUCGAGUGGUCAAGGGAUACAUACUCUCCGGAUGAACAUUUCUGGGCUACUCUUGUACGUGUUCCUGGGGUCCCUGGGGAGGUUCCAAGGUCGGCUCAGGACAUAACAGACCUACAAAGCAAAACUCGUCUGGUGAAAUGGAAUUACCUUGAAGACCAUUUGUAUCCUCCCUGCACUGGUAACCAUCUUCGCAGUGUCUGCAUUUAUGGGGCUGCAGAAUUAAGAUGGCUUCUGGAUUAUGGGCACUGGUUUGCCAACAAGGUUGACUCCAAAGUAGACCCUGUCCUGGUAAAAUGCUUGGCAGAAAAACUGGCAGAACAACAGAAAGAGUGGGUGUAUUUGUCGUCUGAUAAAUACUUUCUGCACAUAAAUUCUAUGAAUGCCUUGCUAUAGCAGCACUGUCUUCCCUGCUGUCAGUACUGUGUACUGUUACAGCACAGCACCUGCAGUUCUUCUGCCUUGACCUCCUGCAGACUGUUAGUGAGCGAAACGUCCCUUCUGCAUGAAGUUCUGGGCCCUGGAGAGCCAGGUGCCUGGCCAUUUAUUUAUGAAAAGUCAUGCCUCUCUGAUUAACUGUUUUGUAACUUGCCACAGUAAUCCUGUAAUUGUUCUUCAGGGUGAUUCCAAGAGGGUGAGGUUUGCUUUUGGAGGCUCUGGCACUGUCUGUCCAAUGGAGUAUUUCAGAAACAUGUUUUAUAUCAAGUGUGUUUGCGUCUUACCUAAGAAACUCCAGCACAUCUGUCUGCCAGUCCCUCUUUCCUUUAUUUUUGUAUUUCUUAAAAGUGUGAAACAAAGACCUCUGUAGCUACUACCUCAGGAAAACUGGAAGUGUCCAGCUCACAGGCAAAACCAAGAGAUCAGCAUGACACCAAAUGAGCUGUGUGGCCUCACCUGAAGUCCCAAACUUCCAUGUAGGAAGCUCUGUGGGAGCUAACAAAGAUCUUUGAACUGUGAAUAUGACUGGAUAAUAUAAGGGAAAGAAGAUCCUUAGAUACCGCAUUGGCCAUAGCAUCGUUCUUUUUUCCCAGCUCAUCUGUGCAUUGCUUUUCCUUCUGUGAAGCGUGUGCUCAGGUGCCGUGCCAUGCCUACAACAUCAGAAUUAUGCACUGUUAUUCUUCAAAGGCAGUAAGCAAGCAUGCCCUAAGGCCAGUCUCUGUAGCCCCUUAGAGUAGAUACCCAUGCCAAAAGAGGUCAAUCUUCAUUUCUCUCUGCCCAUAGAAAUAACCUCCUGUGAAAUCCCAGUCCUCUUGAGACACUAUGUCCAUACAUGGUGGACAACAAGUGCUAUUUCUAAUUAGUGUUCAGCAAUGCGCUACUAUGUUGAAAUGCAAAGCAUGCAAAGUCGAGCAGUAAUCGUUAGAAUAGCCAUACUGCAGAAAUGAAGACCCUGUGUAGAAGUGUCUUUCUGGGUAAGUCUCAUGCCUUGUGCCACCAUGAUGCCAGGCUGAUGGGUGCCUGAGCAAGCCCUGGUUCAGCUGUAGAACAACUGUUCUCCAACAGCCUCUGCUUCCCAUGGCCCUGCUAGGCCUCCUGACAGCGAAGUGGCCUGGGAACCUCCUCGUAGCUGGGCUCCCCAUGCUACAGCAU